UAUAAAUGCGCUGUCCAUCAAUCAAAAUGAUCACUCCAAUGGCGAAUGCCGAAAAAAUGUUAGAGAAGCCUAAACGGAAACGGAAACGGAAGCAUAACGUGCCCGUGUACAAAGAAUGUUUAAGAGAACUUUUGGAAUCACCCAUGGCAUAUGUAAAUGUGGCUUACUUACGCCUCACACGCACACUUAUGCACGGACAAUUGCUGGCAGCCAUGAACCAUGAGCUCCAUGAGUUCCCUGAGCCCUCCAGCAGCCAUCGCAUCGCAUGUGUGACAACUCAACUCAAAGGAAUUUAUAAUAUGCAGCUAAUUUAUCAUUCCUUUUUGCCGCAGCUGCGGGGAACAACUAAAAGUGUGAGGAACUAUAGUGAGCAUCUAGAUUUUCCAUACCCAAAGAAUAAAAAGAAACCGUAAACAAUGAACAUUAAGGAAACUCAACAGUAAAGUGCUGAUAAUUUGUAGUUGAGCCACAGACAAGUUGAGUUAUCCAACUUUUAGAGCCCGCUGAUGAUUCGCUCUCGGCGAGUUUUGUGGCUCGUUUUAUGGGAUACUAUAAUUUUGGCCGUUCCUGGUGUUGGCCAGCUCCAUAAAAGAGCCAAACUGGAAAACAGCGAAACUAAAUCCAAUAGAGGGAAAACUCAUUAAAAUAGAACAGCUAGCGGGGUCCAAAAUGUGUCACUUGUGCUGUGCUCCAUGCUCUGUGUUGUUAGAUCACAAAAAGCGUGUUCGCAAAUAAAAGAAUUUCCACGGAAAGUGCUAUGGCAACAAGGAUAUGCGAGAGCACAAAAAUGCAACACACCGCAAAAAUACAAUAACUCAUUCAAAACCCAAUUUGUUUCCGGCCUGUUUCCCCAACGAAUUAAUUAUGAUAUCAGCAUAACAAUUUGCAUAACCUCAAAAUGAAAGCCAGACAUGCACACCACGCCCAACCGAACUCGAAUACAAUGCAAUGGGAUGAGUUGGGCCGCAAAUGAAAUAAAACUCGUUUUCCCAAAUGCCAUAUCAGCUCAGCAGAUGUAUAGGCAAAGAUACAAUGCUCGUAUAACAAUGAGGCCCAGCUACAGUCCCAAUCUCCAACGGUUUCUGCUACAAACAUUCAGCAGAUG